AGGAGGGAGUUGAUGUAUUAGUUGAAUUUGGUAUUAUAACCGGUUACCUAUUGUUGUUUCAUUCGUCGAAUUAUACAUGCCGGCCAUGGAAGCGAAAGUGGUGCUGGAGCUGCCGCAGGAUUUUUCGGCGCUUUAUGUUGGCGACCUUGACAGCAGCGUGACGGAGGAAGAGCUGCGGCGAUUUUUCAACCAAGCAGGCGGCUUCGUCUCCGUUAAGUUAUGCACGGAUCUGCUUAAUCAGCAAUCACUCGGAUACGGUUACGUCAACUAUGCAAAUCCUGACGAUGCUGAAAAAGCGAUGGAUGCUCUCAACUUCACUCAUCUCAAUGGGAAAUGCAUUCGGAUUGCAUUUUUUAGGAGACCGGGAACUCAAACUGAGGCCAACUUAUUCGUUAAGAAUUUGGACCAAACAAUCAACCACAAAGGUCUACACGAAAUUUUUAGUCCAUAUGGGAAGAUCAUGUCGUGCAAAGUUGAGACCGACUCAAACGGUCAAUCAAAGGGGUACGGUUACGUGCAAUACAAGCACGAGGAAUCUGCUGCAACAGCUAUCCAACAUCUGCACAGUGAGCUUUUGCUAGGGAAAGAGCUACAUGUAGUCCCUUAUCGCAGCAAGCAGGAGAGGGAGGCCAAAUUCACAAAUGUGUUCGUCAAGAACAUCUCUGCAGCCACAACUGAAGAAGAUCUAAUGUCGAUAUUUGGAGAGUUUGGAUCAACGACCAGUGUGGUAGUGAUGCGAGACGAAGAAGGAAGUUCAAAAUGCUUUGGAUUUGUCAACUUUGAGAAUGCAGCGGAUGCAGCCAGGUCUGUUGAUGAGCUUAAUGGCAGAGAAUUCAAUGGAAAGGAAUGGUUCGUUGGUAGAGCUAAGAAGAAGGUCGAAAGAGAGAAAGAGAUUAAACUUGAGCGCGAGCGAAUUGCACUUGAAAGUCCGUUGGAUGUGAACAAUGUGUACAUCAAGAACAUAGAUGAUGAUAUUGACAGUGACAAAUUGAACGAGCUGUUUUCUCCGUUUGGCACCAUAACGUCGUGCAAGGUUAUGACUGAUAAGAGAGGCAUAAGCAGAGGGUAUGGUUUUGUUGCCUACUCUACUGGCGAAGCAGCUGCAAGAGCAAUUUCAGAGAUGAAUGGGAAGAUGAUAGGCAGGAAGCCUUUUUAUGUUAGGACUGCAGAGAGAAAGGAAGCUAGACGACAACGGUUGCAGUCUAUCUUUUCUAAUCAUAUGCACCCGGCUAUGAUGGUGCCUCCUCAACGCCCAUUUUUUUAUGGCAAUGGUGUCUAUCCACAAGGGUUUGUUCCUCCUCAGGCACCUAUGGUUCCAAAUUUCAUGCAUCCCAUGGUCCAACAUCCUAGCACCAGCCAACCAGCUCAUCCUCUGAUGCACAUGCACCCGCAGAUGCCUUUGAGGGGAUUCAGAAGCUCCAAUGGCACCAUUUCACAAGGAGCCACGCCAACACAGAACACUCUGGCAUCCGCUCUUGUAAAUGCUCCCCCACAUGAUCAGAAAAAUAUGUUGGGCGCAUAUCUAUACCCUCUGGUUCAGGUGCUAGAGCCUGUAAUGGCGGGUAGAGUCACGGGCAUGCUUCUAGAAAUGGAUCAGACCGAGGUUUUGCACUUGCUCGAAUCACCUCAAUCCCUUGUAACUAAAGUUAUGGAGGCUGUGAAUGUCCUAGCCAACGCUUCUCAAUACAGAAAUUGGUUUUGAUGUCCUUGAAUUAAUCAUUUACUCUUUUUCACCAACUGCUUGGUUUUGACUCUUA